GGCGGGCUGGGGGCUGUUUGUAACUUUGCUGCCUCGGUCGCCGCGGUCCCCGGGGAGCGGGCUCCAGCGCUCGCUCCCAUUGGCCGCCGCCGCGUCAGCUGGUGCGAUUUGCUGCUGUCGCUUUUGGCGUUCGGCCAUCCAGAAACAAACCAGUUCGAUGACUACUAAUAGUUAUAGCCAGAUGUACUAAUACACAACAAAUCACAGUCCUGCAGAGGGGCGCGCAAAUGAGUUCCUAUUUUGUGAAUCCCACUUUCCCCGGGAGCCUGCCCAGCGGCCAGGACUCCUUCUUGGGCCAGCUGCCCCUCUACCCGGCUGGCUAUGACGCGCUGAGGCCCUUCCCGGCCUCGUACGGGGCGUCGAGCCUCCCGGACAAGACGUACACCUCACCUUGUUUCUACCAACAGUCCAACUCGGUCCUGGCCUGCAACCGGGCGUCCUACGAGUACGGGGCCUCGUGUUUCUAUUCUGAUAAGGACCUCAGUGGCGCCUCGCCCUCAGGCAGUGGCAAGCAGAGGGGCCCCGGGGACUACCUGCACUUUUCUCCCGAGCAGCAGUACAAACCCGACAGCAGCAGCGUGCCGGGCAAAGCCCUCCAUGACGAAGGCACCGACCGGAAGUACACGAGCCCUGUUUACCCCUGGAUGCAGCGGAUGAACUCCUGCGCGGGUGCCGUGUAUGGAAGUCACGGGCGCCGAGGCCGCCAGACCUACACGCGCUACCAGACGCUGGAGCUGGAGAAGGAGUUCCACUUCAACCGCUACCUGACGCGGCGCCGCCGCAUUGAGAUCGCCAACGCGCUCUGCCUCACCGAGCGCCAGAUCAAGAUCUGGUUCCAGAACCGCCGCAUGAAGUGGAAAAAGGAAAAUAAACUCAUCAAUUCCACACAGCCCAGCGGGGAGGACGCUGAGGCAAAGGCGGGCGAGUAGACGCCUGGGCAGGGACCAGGCCAGCACCGCAACCUCCCUCGGCUUUGCCCCCUUGCCUUCGCCUGCUCCCCAACUUUUCUCCCCCGCCUGCCCCCAUCCGGGGGGCUUCUGCAGCUUCAGGGGAGCCGGGAGCUUUGCAAACGCCUGAGCAUUUAUUUCUCACACACACACAAAAUCCCACACACAGCCAAUCUCAGCGGUGGAGCGGGGCGCACUGCACACACGGUCCCGCUCUCCAAGGCUGCCCUAGCCGGCUUCGGAUCCCAGGGCGCGCCCCGAAUUCGUCCCCGGCUCUUGUGCUAGCGCCUUUGCGCGCCCCUGAGCUCGGGACGCGGGGUUGCUGGAGAGGAAAGAACCUGGGCCGAGCCCCUUUUGGUGCCUGGGCGUUUUCGCCUCGGUCCCUCGCCACCAAGUCCCGGAGGGCACCACCAAAUCGACUCCGGCCACUGGAAAGAGGGGGCAUAAAGGCUGGGGCCCCAGCACUUUGGUGGCAUCCCAGGCCGCCCCUAGACAGGAAGAAGCGUGAGGAACAAAGGGGGCCCUGAGACAGCCUUGUCUCUCGGCCCCGCGCGCGACCGUCCGUGGAAGAGAAGCAGCCUCAACUGAGCCGACCCAACCUGAGCGCGGGUGGAACUUUACAGCCCCGGGAGAGACUGGGCUCCCGAAGUCUCCAGCUCCGGAUCCCGGAUCCCCGCCUCCGACAGUGCCUGCGCAGCCACCAGAGAGUAGCUUUCAGGACCUAAGGAGGGGGCCCAGGGCCAUUGGGAACGGCAAGAGUCCUGGUUUCCAAAUGUGCCAGGGGUGCCUGCGACUCUCAGCCUCCACCGGGAAGUACCCUCCAUGCCUUUCGGCUACAUUCAUGAUUCACUUUCGUCUUUCAGGACCCAGGAAAAUAACUACGAAGAUCCUAGGCACUAACACGAAAUGCUUCCAUUAGCACCCUCAUUUUACUCCUGGAGAUCUAAGCAAGACCCUAAUAACUCGGCCCACGGAUUCCCAGCCCCCAAACAGCUUCUGUGGCUGCGGGGAGCCUGGGCCCACUCGCUGGGUUCACCGAGAACCCUCCGAAUUGGGGCCCGGCUGGCUCGAGGAAAGGGACCUGGUGGUGAAGAUUCUCCAGGCUGGAUACUUAAAGCAAAUCAAAUAGCGAACUAAUGACACGAAAACCAUAUUUGCACGAAAGAAAAAUCGACUCCGGUUAUAAAAGUGUAUGGAAUUUGACCUCGCC